GCAUCCAUCAAAGUAAAUAGAAAGGGAAAGUACCUACCAACCAAGAAACUUGACGAGCCGAAACCAAGAUGGUGGGGCAAUGGACUGUGACUAAACCAAGCCGGAGCGAUGAGGUUUUGGAUGCUAAUCAACAGCUCGAAGUCGCCAAUCAAAUCAGAGCUCAAUUUGAUUCUAUAGCUCCAAAACGACCUGUCAAGCCCAGCAGAAGUGAAUCAGACGCAGCAGCUGCUCCUUGUGUCGCAGAACAAAAUAGUAUUCCUGAACUUGACAAACUUCAAUCUCUUCAAUCUCAGCCGACUAUCCUGAUCUCUGCAGAGGGAGCCAAUAUAGAGCAAGAUGAGUUUGUGGAGACUCAGUACUACAAAGAAUUGGAUUCUAUUGAUAAGCAGCAUCACACAACUGGAAGUGGGUUCAUAAAGGUCACAAAAGAAGAAAAUAUAAACGGAUACAAUAUUCAAUUUCCAAGAGGCCAUGGUGCUGGCACCCUCGUCUCAGGUUGUAGAAGCAAUCCUGCAACAAACGACUGGAUUCCCAAUUCUGAAGACGAUCAGGCCUUCGUUUCAUCCAAGCCAAACCGGAGCGAGAGCAGCUAGAAUACGGUCAGAAAGAGAUGUAGACUUGGAUCCACUUUUCUUUAAACUAUUAAAUUACAAAAUAUAAUAUUAUUAAUGUAUCUCGGCGUAGUAAGAUAGGAUGAGGAUGGUUCGGUGGAUGCUUAAAAUAUUCAUAUUAUAAGCGACUUAAAUUGGAACUAUUCAACUACUACAUUUUUCUGCUGUC